GGGAUUUUCAAUGUUUUGAAUCCUUGACAAGUAUUUUUCAGUUAACUGCAUGUCUUAAUACGUUGUAAAUAACUGUAUUUUUUUGCAGCAUCACCAUUUGUUGCAAUGGCCUCAAAAGAAAAUGUGCCACCAGUAUCUACAAGGAAGAGCAAACUACCAGUACCAACCAGCCAACUGAAGUCUGGCGCAUCACAAAGAGGAAUCAAACGAGACCUCUCUCCUUCCUCUGGACCAAGUGCUGUGAAGAGAUCUCCAAUUGGGGCGCACAGGAGAGUACUUGGGGAACUUCCUAAUGACCAGAGGCAGAUAGUUAAAGCUCAUCAUAACCUGAAGAGGGCAGUUUCAGGAACAGGCAGCAAGGCCAGAAAGAAGGUUGCUUUUGAAACAAGUUCGAAGACACGGAAACCUAUUUUGAAAGAGGCUAGGAAGCAGACAGCGAAAGGGAAAAAUGUUUUGGAUGAACAGAAAGGCGUUCACUUUGAAAGAGAUGACGCUGCACUCGCCAGUAUAAUGAAUGAGACGGGAAUAGUCCUUCCGCAGAAUAAUUCAGUUCCUGUGACCAGGCACACCCUGGCCGCCACUCCCAGGUCCAAGGGUAGUAGCAUUGCUCCCGCAGGACGAGUACCAAUACAGGAUUUCCAGCGAACAUGUGACGAUUUCCUGCAGAGAAAUGCCCCGCCUGCGAGUAAAAAACCUCGCCUUAAUGAUGCAGGGAAAAGUGACUUCAACCUGCAGCCUUUAACUCCAUCGAAGACGGACUUCUGUUCCAAGUUUGGGGUCCAGAAAAAUGAACUGUUCAAACAAGGUCCAGCCUCCAUUGGGCGUCAAAGCCUCCCAGCCAGUAGACAUCUCUCCAACACCAUUUCCAACCCCUUUGCUGUCCCCUCAAGGCCCAGUCUUGUUUCCCAGGGGCCUGCUAGGGUCCAGAGGGAAUUAUCAAUCCCUGAAACUCCUAAAAACCCUUUUGACAUACCUGCAGGAGCAGGAAGGAAAUUUUCGACAUCCAACACUGCUACUUUUGGACAAGAAAGUUUAAACAAUGGUAAUGGUCAGAACUCGGCUAGUUUCAAAAGGUUCAGCUUAGCUGGAAGAACACCUCUAAAUGGGUGUGGGGAUAGUUUUGGAGCAGGAAGGGUGAGUUUGUCAGCAGUUACUCCACAAAGAGUUCUGAUUAGCAAAAAUGAUGGAGAUGCAAUCACUUCAAGCACUGUACCGAUUGGGAGAUUUAGCCUGGCUGCCUCAACACCCAUGCGCGUAUUAAAGGAAGUUAAAGAAGAUGAUAUCAGUGGGUCUGAUUCAGUAUUUAGAAGUCACUCGAAACCUCCCCCUUUUUCUGUUGGGCGUUUCAGUGUUUCCGCUCAAACCCCUCAGCGUGUGUUAAAAAACAAAAGAGACAACAAAGAUAAAUUUGAAAGCAUUGGUGAUGGUUCAGUAUUCGAAAAAAGUAUUAUUAAUAGUACUGAUAAGAGGAAAACUCCAGGGUUCUCUGUGGGUAGGUUCAGUCUAGCAGCCCAAACACCGCAGAGGAUUUUAAAGACAGACAAAAAUGGGGGAAAGCAAAUUAAUGGUGACAAUACUGAUGUUGAUCCCUGUGCUAUGGGUAUGCAAUCUCUUGACAGUGAGGCACAAAGGAUCCCUGCAUUACAACAAUUUGGAGGAAGAGUGUCUAUCACAGGAAGACAAAGUUUCGCUUCCCAAACGCCAGGAAGAGUCCGGAAAGAGAUGAAAAAUGAGGACUUUGAUAGCGGCGCCAUUGCAAGGCAUGGAGGUGAUACCUGUGGUGAUAAUGUGGUUGAUGGUUCGAGUAUUUGCAGAACUGAGUUCCUUGGAAAUGUGGAGCUGUCCAUUGUCAAAGAGGAGCCUGUAGAUGUCCAGUCCAUUUCCCAAACUCCAAAGCAAAAGAACCCCAAGCUCCAGGCUUCCCACUUAGCUACCCCAAAUAUAUCCACCCCAGGGAGAGUACCCAAACAUUUGGCCCCUCAGAACCAAUCAUGUGGUACCCCAUCCACCCCUGCGGGAAGGGUACCUGUGGCUCCUAGAACACCCCAGUUCACUUCAGGAAGGGUUCCCAAGCAUCUGGCCCCUAAGGACCCCUCAACCCCUUUGACGCCAGCAGGUAGGGUCCCAGUGGAGCCCCGAACACCCAAGAUUACCCCGGACAGGGUUCCUCGACCCCCUUUUAUUGUGGACAAGAAGACACUGGCACAGAGGGUGCUGGUUACACCGAAAAUGUCAAAGACACUGAAAUCCACAACAGACACUAUGCCAGCAAGUGAUCCCUCCAACAAGGAGGAUAAGGAGAACUCAUGCCCCCGUAAGGCUGCACCUGGAUCAAGAAAACCACUGACCCCUAAUACCCCCAACACAGACAUUCGAAGUUUCUGGAAGACAAAGAAGACUCCUAACAAGUCACCAAUAAUCAAAGAAGUGCUGGACGAAGAUGAUGAACUUACAGCGGAAGUCUCAGAUACAAGGGAGAUAGAUGAUGAGCAGGAGAGUGUCUUCCUUGGCUUGAGGAGAAAGAAGAAGUUGACCUGGGCCGAUGCACUGGCGAAAAGUUGCAUUGAAAAUGAGGCGGAAAUGGAACAGGAUGCAUUUGCAGAGUGCAACAGUGUAGUACACCAAGAUGAGAUGCAGGACUAUUCUCCUAGGGAGAAAUCUACAUCAACACCUGAAAACACAUCCCAUAAUUCCAUUGUCUCUACCUCUUCCCAUAAUUCCUCAGUCUCAAUGCAACUUCCUGUCAGCAUUUUGGCUCCCAGCUCCAGCAAUGUAGUCGGCCAUGAUUUGCAGCCCAUAAAUGGGAACCAAUUUGGAAAAGAUUCAAAUUUACCUGGCUCCUCUUCGGAGAAAUGUGGCGUGACUCAGCUAGCCGGAUCGGCCAUGGUUGGGACUGACUCACAUGUGGUGAGUCAACAGAAUCUGGGCCAUGGAAGUCAGCAGACACAGCAGUCUGCAAACAAUGACAAUAACAACAAUAAUGAAGAAAUUCUCCGACUGCAAAUUGAACAAGCAACAGAAGAAAAAAUACUAUUGAGUCUUGAAGUUGCAAAACUAAAAGCACAGUUAGACACGCUGUCACAAAAUCAGAACUCUGAAAACACCGAACAUGGCAAUAGCACCUCUGAUAGGGAACCUUUGUUUGUAAGUUAUAAUACAACUGCAGGAGAUUUGAAUGCAAACGUUUCAAAUGGUGAAUAUGAACGUCAGUUUACUGCACCUAAAAUAUCCAUCACCUCUCAGGGAAAUAACCACAGGGACUUUAAUUCAAACAUGACUGUAAAUACCUAUAUUGAAAAUGCUUCAGAAGUAAGUGGACAGUUAACGGUGUGUCCAACUGGUUCCAGUCCUAUAAUGACUGGAUUUUCUACACCAAAAAGGCAAUACCCUACUGAAGAGGAUGAUAUUAACCUUACGCCGUACAUUUUAGCAAAUCCAAAGCAUUCAGAUCACACAAACAAUAAUGGACUUAACUCAGAUCAGCUAAUGUCGCAAUUUGCACAUGUUGAAAAUGUCCCUGAAAAAAGAACCAUUGAUUUUGAAGACAAAACACAACCAGAUAUUUAUUCAAAAACAAGUGUGCAAUAUGCUGAACCGCCUUUGUGGACACCACUGGCUAUGAAAACUGUGGCCAAGAGGUAUAAACAGGAUAACAGCUCUGGAACCAAUGACAUUCAUGGUGCAACUGGUGAAACUCAUGAAAAGAAUAUAUCAAAUAUUGAUGUUUCUAACACAGGUGGGCUGGUACCGCCUGAAAAAACACUUGGUCCUGCAACUGAGUCACAAGAAGAAAUUUUCCAAAAUGUUGUACAAAAAGAAAUGUCAGACUUCAAUACUGCAAAAGGUCUUAAGACGCCUCCCUCAACUAAAAGACAUUCCGCAUUUAGAACUAUUGCCAAUAAAACUGGGUUGUCACCUUCUGUUGGUGCUCUGUCCUUGAAAGCAAACACAGGGAAUAAAAAGUGUGGUGCAGUCCAAAAGCGCUUGGGGACAUCUUUGGUCAGUGCUGUUUUGCGAUUGGCUGAUGACAGGUACCUGGAGGCUUUAUUAGAUGACGAAGUUGAGUUGUACGCUUGCCGUCUUGUGCUGCCGAUUGUUGGAUCAGAUAGAUGCUGCAACCCCGUUAGCACAAUGCUCACAGACGGAGAUGAUAUGCAUUUCAUCCCCAUAGAGACAGAAAUCCAACCGUCUCCACCCAAUGGGACCAUCCAGGGGUCAGCUUUUAGCAAGGUCGUGAGCAAAAGGGCGUGUUGAAAUAUCACUUUCAGUUAGAGAUCGAGGUCACUGUAAGCAGAGGUCAAAGGUCACAAUCAGCUAGAGAUCAAGGUCACUGUAAGCAGAGGUCAAAGGUCACAAUCAGCUAGACAUCAAGAUCAUUGUAGCAUGAGCCGAGACCAAUGUCAACUAGGUCAAGUUCAUGUUGGCAAGAUGUGAAGGUGAUACCAGCGAGAGGUCAAAGUGAAUUUUACAUCAAUCUUGCAUAUCAACUAGGUACAAUUAAAGUGUAUUUUCAAGGUCACUUAUGCCAAGAUGCAAGAUGUGAAGGUUAUUCAAGUGAAAGGUCAAGGUCACUUAAAAUGAAUCAAAAUUAUAAGCAUUGAGAGAAAAAUUAGAAAUAUUAUGUGAACAUUAAUGCAAAAAUGUUAAUAUCAUAUUAAAUUAUUACAUGUGUUUACUAAAUGUUUUUUAACAAUAGUAAGGCUUAACAAAGAAGUUGUUUGUUUCCGUUUUUCCCCGAUCAACUUUUUUAACCUAAGUCUUGUAUUGCCAAUGCACACAUUAUUUGAAGCAAAAAUGUACAGUUUUUGUAGAUUACUAAAUCUUAGACAAAAUGGCAACAGUGUUAAGUGUGAAAAUAACAUUGUGACCCAGCUUUGGCAAUAAAAAAAUCUGACCUACUUACAGUAUUAUUUCUGGCAGUGAAAUAGGAAACAAGCAAUAUUUGUUUUGGCCUAACCACGUGGUCUUUACAUUUUUUAUAUAAUUACUAGCAUUAUAUGUUUAUGCAUAAUCUACAUGUAUAAAUUGUUCUUCGGAUGAUCCAAUGAAACUGUGUUUUUGAAGAUGAAAGGUCACCUUUUUGACCUGGAUUGUAUGGGAGUCAUUUGUUUAAUAAUGUUUUUUGAAAUAUGAGCUGUUUAUCAUGUUGCAUGUUUGUAAAUUUCUAUUUGAAACUAACAUAUUUCAUUACUGCAGUGUUAAUAAAGUUAGACAGAAGCGUUUCAAAAGAAAUUCAUUGAUGUUUUUGUGUCUUUAAGAUAUUAAUUGUAAAUUGCAGUUUCAUUCAUGAUGAUUCAAGUUCUUGUCAAAUAAUAACUGUGCUACAAUUUCUUAUCCAAUUUUGUGUUUGACAAAUGUGUUUUAUUUUAUUUAUUUUAUGACUGUAAUAUAUUUCUUUUUUGGUUGUUUUUUUUUGUACCAAAAUGUGAGUGAUUUUUAUGUACAAACCAGUUUAUUGUAAUUUAUAUAAAAAUAAAUAUAUAAUAUAUUGGGGUUUGAAUGUAAAACUGUUAAAUUUCUGAAUUGAUGCAUUACUUAAAACAAAGUCUCGGCAUCAGACCCUAAAAUUAGUAUAACUUAAAGAUAAGUACCGUAUGAUUGUUUAUCUGCGUGUAUGUAUAAAAAAAAAGAUUUAAUUAAAGUGAGAAAAAAUAGAAAUAAAAUUCCAUAAAUUUAUCAAAAUAAAAGUUACUGUUAUAAAUGUUCAGUUCAGUUUCUGUUACAAUUUUAUUGUUUUAUGUUGUGUAGGAAUUUUUAGUUUCUUUUAGUCUUUAACAAUAAAACCACUAUUCUUUUUGAUGUUUGUUUUUUACACUUAAUGUUGGAUAUAUUGUUUUUGUUUCAUUUUAAUAUUUUCUUGUGGUAUUCAUUGGUUUUAAUAACUUUGGAACAUAUUUUUUUUAAUACUUAAUUAACAGUUUUCAAACAUUUUUUGAGAGCAUUUCCAUUGUCACAUCUGCAAAGCACAAAUAACUCAAUUUUAUUAAAAAUCAUUUAAUUUUUCUUUCAACAUCGAUAUGAAGGAUUAGUUUUUGUCUCAUUUGCACCCUGUAGCAUUGUAAAUGUUAUUUUUUAUUAUCAGGAAAAAUGUUAAAGCUAAACAGUGUAUAAAAGCACUUAAAUGCGCUGUAUGGAAUUUAAAGUUAAAUUUAAUAGAAUAUAUACUAAUGCACAAAAAUGUGUAAAUUAGUUAUAAUUCUACUUAAACAGCUGUCAUAGAAAUUAGACUUACGAUGAACAAGCCAGUUUUUUGAUGCAGGGCUCGCUGGCAUGUGCUAAUUUUGACCAUCAGCAACAGAUAUUUUGUCAUGCAUCAUUGUCAGAACAUGGAUGCUCUAUAUACAUGUAUAUAAGUGUUGUAAGUAAAUCAUGCUUGAUUGCUCAUUUUCCAUACCUCAUGUUGAUACAAAUAGCAUUAUUACCUCACGAUUGGAUAAGUAAAAACUGUACAUUGAUUUCAUUUUGGGAGGUCCUUUUUUCAUGAUUUUUUUAAAAAUUGCUAGGGUUUUAAAAAUUUUGACACCAUUAUUUACAGGGAUAAGGUGGCAUAGAGGUGAAAUUUUUCGCUUGUGCCACAACUAACUUUCUUGUUUCCAGGGCUUGGUUAUCUUGUGGCCAAGACUAACAAACUGGUUUCAAGACUAACAAACUGGUUUCCACUACUUAGUACUUCAUGGGCAUGAUUUUAAGAUAACUAUAAGUUGUGGGAACAAAAUAGUAUUUAAUAUUAAAAUGUGGCAACUACAUAGUAAGCCAUGAGAGCGAGUAAGUAAGUCGUGGCCUUGAGAAAGAAAUGACAUGUUCACACAUGUCACCUAUAUGCCACUCUACAGGAGUGAUAACAUUCAGGAUAAUCCUGAAACAAGGGUUGAGAGCUAUACAAGUCAGAAAGCUGUAUUAUUAUCAAGACCUUUUUUGCUGGACUUUUGCAUUAUUAAUAGUAGGUAAGAAGUAAGUUGGAAUCAAUACAAUUGGCUUUGGGCCUGUUUCAAUAAGAUUUCUUCAAGUUUUAAACCUUAUGUUGCUAAACAUUGAUCAGGUAUUUUUAUUGAAAUGCAGUUUAUGACAAAACAAGGCUUUGCCUCAAAGUUUACAACUUUAAGCCUUAUGAUCUUUAUUGAUAGAAAACUAUUUUUCACAGUUCGGAUUUUCAGUCUGUUAUCAUUGCUUUGUAAUCAGUGGCCAACAUUGUUAAGUCAAUGAUUUUGCUUUUAAAAAGGUUUAAAAUUUGUGAAAAAAUCUCAUGAAUGAUAAACUCACAAAAUUUAAUCAAUGUACAGUAAAAGGGUUGAAUAUAUGGUAGUUUAUUUUUGUAUUUUUGCUUUAUAAUUGUGAGGUUGAGAAAUUGAAAUUGAAUUACAUAAAUAUGCUGCUGACGAAUUUAUCUGUUACUGUUAUUAUUUUUAACAAAACUGAAAAAUAAAAAUAAUAAAACUUUUUUUUUAUGAUAUAUUUCAUUACUGUUUUUCUAAAACCUAAUUGUUAUUAUCAAAAUGUAUUAACUUAUUAUAAUAUUAUAAGAUAUUAAAGUUAUUUGGAUUCAGGUAUCUGAGGCUUUUUUUCUCCAAAAUUCAUGCAAUAAAAAAGAGUUGUUGUUUUUCUGCCAAGACCAUGUUAGAUUUGUUGAUUUGAAACUAGAAUGCGAUAAACUGCUGAAAAAUAGGAAACAAAUAAUUGUGUUUCUUUGGUUUUUAUAAAUGCCCUAUAUUUCCUAUGAAUAACUGGUUCAUAUUUGGUCAUAUAACACAUUUCACCAUGUCAGACAUGUUUAUAAGCGGGGUUCAUACAUGUAUUGAACAAGAAUUGUUAAAAUGUUGUUAAACAUGAAAUGUUGUUGUGUUAACUCGAAUCCCAUUGGCUCGAAUUCCAUGGGACUGGCCAAAUUACUUUGAGCCUAGAUAAUAUAGAGCCAGGCAGGAGAGCUUUCAUAGAGUUGAAAAGUUUGAGCCAAUGAGGAAAUCAAGCCAGAUGAUAUCGAGCCAAUGGGUUUCGAUUGUUUUGAAAAAAAGAUGUUUGGUGAAUCUGUUUGUAUAUUUUUGAAAUAAUCUGUACAAAAAAGAUUUCUCAGGGUUGAUUUUGUUAAAAUGAAAUAGAUGUUCAAGAGUUUUGCAAAAAAUGUGGUUCAAAAUUGCCAUGCAUGCAAAAAUGUGGUAAUAGGAAAAAAAUAUGAAAGAAGAGUGUGACAUAAAUUAAUUAUCAAGAGAAGAGAGGAAAUAUAUGAUAGUUAAGACUGGAGCUGCAAAGAUCAUACACCAGGGCCUUUGGCAUGUGUAUUUUUCAAUUAUGGGGGUUGGGGGAGAUGUAACUGUUUUAUACCAUUUUGUCAAGUACAGCAUUCAAUAAACAGCAUCAAUUAUAUUGGUAUAAGCAAAUUAACCUAAUUUAUUCCCAUGGUAGUUAUAGAAUGGCUACACCCAUUCUAUUUGUGACUGUUCCAAGACAGGAGUUCAUGUGUAGACCAAAAAGAAAGCCAUUUCAAACAUGUUACUAUUCAAUUUGUACAGUCAAACAUUUUUAUGAUGAACAAUGUAUCAUAUUGAAUAAGAAAGUCAUGUUUAUAUACAGUUGAGAAUGAAUGAAAUGCCUGGGUUGUCCUUAAAAUUGCUUAGAUAUGUGUGAAAACUAUUUGUUGCAUUCCUUGAAAUUUUUGGAAAGGCAAAAGGUACUCUUUUUAAUGAAAAAUAAGAUGUGUACAAACAAUAAAGUUAAGUUUGCAACACACGUUUUAAUUAUAUAGUUCAGUGUUUGUUUAUAUGCAUUUAUUUAUUUAAAUUUUGUAUGGUCCAGCUUCACUGGGAGUCCACUUUUAAUUGAUAUAUGUAUAGUAACAAACUAUAACAAGCUAAGUGUUCAAAUUAUGUUUUGUCUACUGGCCCAGCCUCUGUUUGAAUCAGCAGAUCUACUUGUUUUCAAUGUGUCAGAAGAUACUUUAUUUUGCCCCAAGACAUACGUAAGGCUAUUGCAAACUGAACUAUUUCAGGCUUUGUUUGACUAAAUUCUGUUCAAAUUUGUGUCCACUAGUUCCUGUUUGGUGUAUGUUCAUAAAAGUAAAUAAAAUAACCCAAUUUCAACAAAACUUAAAAACUCUUUAAACCCUUACUAAAGAUUGUUUUAAAGCAAUUUACUGUUGACAUAAUGGUAUUCAUUCUCAUAUGAAAUGUAAUUCUUGUAUAAAUGGGUUAGGGUUAGUAUAAAUUGGUAUAAUUUAACAUGCAGAGAUCAUUUUUGUCAUCCCAAUUGGAUCAUCAUCAAGAACAUAGUUUGUUUAUGACUGUUUAUUAGAUUGUAUGAGAGUGAAAAACUUGCACUGAAGGCAAGUUCCAAUUCAGUUUUCCGCGAUCUCAUAGUACUAUAUUCCACAACCUCUUUUUGGUGUUGUAUUUUGUGAAAACCGGUUCUGACAAAACUCUCCUUUAAGUAGCAUACUUGAUUAUAAAUUUCAUCUUGUCUGUUUUUCGAAGGAAAAAAAGCCAGGCUUUAAUGGGCUUAGUAACUCUUACUGCUGUCAUUGUAGAUGGUGUUAUAUGAAAAAAGAAUCUAAGGUCAUAAAUAAAAAAUCAUUUAAAGAUAUACAAAUGAAACUUGGUACACAUGUAUUUAGAGGCAAAAAGCACAUGUUUAGCAAAGUGCAUAAUUCUUGCUGCAAAAAUCAUGUUGUUAUAUAACCUUUGUUUGACAAGACCAGAAACUUUAGUAUUGACAUUUUCACUCUUCGGAGUUCUUUUUUAUGAAAACAGAUUACUGGUAUUGAAAAAUCUGGUCUGACAUAAACUGUCACAAAAGCAGACUUAACUACAAAAACAUUUCUACAAUUGUGUAUGCCAACUUUUUUCAAGAACAUACUUGCUAUAGCCCCCCUCCUAAUGCUGUUUAGUUUUCGGCCAAGAACUGCAAGCUUUUAACCUGAAAGAUCUUUCAUUUAAUGUUUUGACAUCUAAUUUUGUAUUUGAAAGACACUACAAAUACAUUCUAUGAAUAUAAUAUAGUACAGUUAGUGAAAUUAAGACAAAUUUACAAUUCAAAUGAAACAACUUAUAGAAAGAUGGUGCCUAUUUUGACACUCACAGUGACAUCAUUGAGGUCAGGUCCAGUUUGUUUGCUGUUAUACUGUUCGAAAUAGAUGCGCCCACUUAGGGAUCUCUGUUUUAUUAUAAACUGUUGAAGGGUUAUAAUAAAAUAUUUAUUAAAAGUGAAGUAAAAAAGUGCUUUUUUGCUUUGUUAAAUAUUACAUGGUCUACAAACUACUCUCAGGAGACUUCACAUUUUUUGUAGACCUGGCUCUCAAGAAAUAAGAAUACAGAAAUGGAUAUUUUAUUGUUAACUUCAAGACUUUGUCCUCUAAAGACCUAUUAAAUAAAUCAAAGCAGAAUUUGUUCCAAAAUAUAGCUUUACCCCAAGGUAGAAUUACAUAUAUUGCUAAGUGUAUAAGGUGUUGUAUAAUUUUGACAUGUACACCAUUGAUCGUUAGUCUUAUAUCUAGACAGUUCAUAUUGUCCAUUUUUUUCAAAUCAUAUUUUGACUUCUAAAUUAACUGUUAAUUAUUGAACCAUUAUUUCGGGCUGUUAUUUUUGACUUGACAAAAACAUUUGGCAAUAUAGUUUGAUAAUUAUAUACAUUAUAACUUCGUUUUCAAAAGGAUGGUGUUUAAUUUUUUAUUGAAAUUUUAUGUAAGGGAAGUUGUUAAUGAAAAAUAAUUAAGCUUGAUUUAAAAACAAUGAUAGAAAAGGCUGAAAGAUGCAAAACAUUUUUAGAUUCUCACUCUGGUCUAAAAUCCCUUGUCUGAACAGUAAGCUAUGACGUUACAUUUUCUGAUUGCAUUUCUGCUUGUUGCAGUUCAAAAACACACCUUGUUCAUUAAAAAACCAAAAGGCAAGCUUUGGUUUUUCCAAUAUGCUUUCUUGGUUAACACAUCUUCGUAAAUCAGAAAACAGCAUCAAAUUUAAAAUAGUUCAAAACUUUAAUGAUCGUGGAGAUUAUGUCCGGAGAAAAAGGAAAACAUUAAAUACACACAUUUACAUUUAAAAUAAGGAUGAGAAUCUAAAAAUUAAUUCUCUGGGCUGGUAUUCAAUAUUGGUUUUAAUUGGAUCUAAGAACACUGUAGCUCAUCAGAUUACUUGUUAUUAAUAACUGACCAAUCGUGUGAAUGAAGUCAAUGAUGUAUAACCAUAAGAUUGACUUAAGUCACAUAUUGAAUACCACCCUGGCCUUAUUUAGGCUAAUACAAAAUAGAAGACUUAGUGUUUGUUGUAAAAGUUUUACAGUUGCCAUAGGCAUGUUUGCAUGUUCGUCGUCAAGUUUUACUGAGAACUCAUUUAUUUAUCAAUCAUUAAAUUGUUGUUAUCAAAAUCAUUAAAAUACAUAUUUUUAACAUAGUUUUUCUGGUGAUAAAUACAAAAUGAACAUAAUAGAGUACAAGUAUUUAUUUUUCUUGUAUUUCUAUGUCAUUUGCCUUAACUAAGGACUGGAUAUAUGUCUUGCUUAAUAGCUGUGAUGAAGAUUGGUAGAAGAGUUGUUUCAUGUGGGUUAAAAAUUAUUUUGGCCUGCUGUAUUAUUGUGGGUAGGCCGGAUGUUUUCAACCUAUAAAACAACCAUGAGAUGAUCACUGUUUUUCCUACCAAAGUAUGAAGCAAUGUAAAUGCUACUAUUUGCAAGUGAACUCACAAAAGCAUACUUGUCGGUCACUAAAUAAAAUCCUGGUGAACAAGUCAUUUUGCAACAAAGAAACAGUCAAUUUGUACUGCUCCAAACGUGGUUUCAGCACUUCUAAGAGAUUCGUUUGUAACUGUGCCGUCAUAAUGAGUGUUGUUCCAAGCUACAAUUUGAUUGGUCAGUUGAUGUAAAAUUAUACCAAUUCAAACUGUAAAUUUAUGGAUGCCUUGCGGAAUAUGAGCCCACAUCUUUAGUAUUUAGUUCAUGGUGAUAGUCUAAGUAUUAUGCCAAGCUCUGAUGACUGCGGUUUACCAACUGGCUAUAGAUGUAGCACUUGAUCUGAAUGGAAAUUCCAUCAUCUAUUGGCAAGACAUUUGUUCAGUCCCUGGUUACAUACAGAAGACCAAUUACAUACACUGGUGUUUUCUGGUGCUGCAUUGUACAAGGUGAUAUACAAUGUCCCACCAACUUUUACAUUCUACUUUGCUGUGUCAUUUCACUUUGUUUCAUUCUUUAAUUCAUGCUGUAUCAUUAAACAAUCUAAAUCAAUGUUGUUUAUUCUAUACAGUGUGCAUCAACAUUUUUACAUUCUAGAAGCAAUAUCUUUGGACAAUGUACAAAGUGAUGUAUCAUGUUGUUUUUUCUAUUAAGAGAAGAAUACCCAUACCCAUACUAAAUUCAAAUAUGGAAUUUUGGCAUGUAGAUGUUUGAAAUUUGAAAAAAAAGUGAAGAAAUUAACAGUACAUUUUAAGUAAUAAGUAAUGGAUAAAGUGAUCAAUUAUUCAAAUAUUAUUAUAUAUAAGCCAGCUGUGUGAGAAAUGCCUCCAACUUUUAAUAUUUGGCCAAAAUGAACUGAUUUUUUUUUAUAAAUAUUCAUUUGGAAUUUAAAUUGGAUUUUUUUAUACUUUCUGGCAUUGGAAAUAGAGCCAAAUAGCAGAUAUAAAAACUGCUGAAAAAGCCAUGUGUAAAAUGGACUAACUUUAACAUUCUUUGCUUUAAUGAUAGCCUUUCGCUUUGCAAAAUGGUGAAAUACAUUAUCAACCAACAUAAUUAUUCAUUUUCACCAAUUCUCUACAUUCUUCACAAGAUAUUACAUACCCAUUAUUAAUCCCUGUUUGAAAACCCUCACAAAAUGCACAUGACCCUACUGCACAGAGUGGAGUGGACUACCAUUCCAGUCAUUUCACAUCAUAGUCAUUGGAAAAAAGAGUAGCAAAUCUGAAGUUAUUCUCAGAAAUAUAUGAUAGCAGGUCAGCUUAUUUUCAUAGCCAUAAAACACCACCAUCUUCGUAAAGUUUCUAUUAGAAAUAACUUUCUUCUAACCUUCUUUAGACGUGAUCUUUUUUUAAUAUACAUUUAUUAAAACAACACGAGUAAAUCGGCAAUGCUACCUACAUUUCAGCAAUAUAAAUCGGUUUCUUUAAUCUGUAUUCCCUUUCUAAAAAUCUACAAGAAUGUCAGUGUGUGCAAAACCAUCUCAAAUACUAUUGAGAUAUGAUAUUUUUGACUUAUUGUUAACUUAAAAACGAGGUGUAUAGUAUUUGACUGAAUAUUCUGCAACAUUGCAGAACAAUUCUUAACAAUUGCUUAAAUGUAUAAGUAUUUUCCUGAAAACUCAAAAUAAGUUUCUCUAUCACUGUUCUGAAAUUAUAUAAAAUUUAUUUCAUUAGAUGGGUUUCCUGUUUACCCUGUUUAAAAAAUCUGUUAAAUUAUGCAUUUAAGAUAAAUAAUGGUUUCGUCUUGAGAUUUCCAUUUGCAAUUUAAUGAUCUGAGAAAUUAUUUUCCUUAUUAUUGUGCAUGUUUCGAGACAUAAAAUGCCUUAAGUAAGGCUAGUCGUGGUGUUAAUAUCUUUUGUUCACCAACUAUUCUGUUUUUGUGAUAUAUAAAUCUUGAUGCAUGUAAUAUUUCUGUACAAAUGUGGCUCUGUGUAGUGGGAAAGACAGUUUACUGUGUGAUUUAACAUCUAUGAUCAGGGCGAAAGCAAAAAGGUUCUAAUUGACAUCAAAUAAAGACCCUUUUCGUGUUAACCCUUCACAUUGCUACUAUGUUAUAUAAUGGUUACUUUUUUUCUCAGUAAAGUUGACAAUUGUAUUAUGUUUUUACCAUCAGCAAUAAAAUCCUCAUGUUUUCA